CUGCCCCGCCCCGCGCCUCACCAUAGAGAUGACUGCGGCAGCGUGGGCCGCGCGGCCUGCCGGGAAGGGAGCGGCGUGCCCGCACCUCGCAGCGUAGCCGGCCGGCGGCAGCGGCGGCGCCUGGGAGCCCGCGGCCGCCGCCAUGGCGGGAGGCAGCAGCGCCGGCGAGUGGUGCCUCAUGGAGAGCGACCCGGGCGUCUUCACCGAGCUCAUCAAGGGCUUCGGUUGCAGAGGAGCACAGGUUGAAGAAAUAUGGAGUUUGGAACCAGAGAACUUUGAAAAAUUGAAGCCAGUACAUGGGUUGAUCUUCCUCUUCAAAUGGCAGCCCGGAGAAGAACCGGCAGGUUCUGUUGUUCAGGAUUCCAGACUGGAUACAAUAUUUUUUGCUAAACAGGUAAUAAAUAAUGCUUGUGCUACUCAAGCCAUAGUAAGUGUGCUAUUAAAUUGUGCUCAUCAAGAUAUCCAUCUAGGAGAGACUCUCUCAGAAUUUAAAGAAUUUUCACAAAGUUUUGAUGCUGCGAUGAAAGGUUUGGCACUAAGCAACUCAGAAGUAAUCCGGCAGGUUCACAACAGUUUUGCCAGGCAACAGAUGUUUGAAUUUGAUGCAAAGUCUUCAGCAAAAGAGGAAGAUGCAUUUCACUUUGUAAGCUAUGUUCCUGUUAAUGGACGGCUGUAUGAACUAGAUGGAUUAAGGGAAGGACCAAUUGAUUUAGGUGCAUGCAAUCAAGAUGACUGGAUAAGCGCUGUGCGGCCUGUCAUAGAGAAACGUAUACAAAAAUACAGCGAAGGGGAGAUAAGAUUUAACUUGAUGGCCAUUGUAUCUGACAGAAAAAUGAUAUAUGAGCAGAGGAUUGCAGAGUUACAGCGGCAGCUUGCAGAGGAGGAACCUAUGGAUACAGACCAGAGUGGUAAUAUGUUAAGUUCUAUACAGUCAGAAGUUGCAAAAUACCAGAUGCUAAUCGAAGAAGAGAACCAAAAAUUAAAAAGAUACAAGAUUGAAAAUAUUAGAAGAAAACAUAACUACCUGCCUUUCAUCAUGGAAUUAUUAAAGACUCUAGCAGAACACCAGCAGUUAAUACCACUAGUAGAAAAAGCAAAAGAAAAACAGAAUGCCAAGAAAGUUCAGGAGGCCAAGUGAAGAUGACUUUGAAAAAUGCGUACAAUUAUGUGCUUCUGAAACUAUUUUCAUGACCGCAAAUAAAACUUUUCAUAAACUUUAAAUUUUGUCCAGCGCACGUUUGACAAUUGUAACAGUUUGUCUUGUACUGUAUGCACGGGUCUAAAUUUUUUUUUCUUCCCCUGCAUCAUGUGCAUGUAGUACUACUAAGUAAUGUUUAGAUUCUCUUGAUCAAAUUCAGUAUUUAACGGUCUAUCAGACUUCUGAAAGCUUGGGAAAUAUAUCUGAAAAUGUACCUAUGCCUUCUAUCCUCUUCCUGAGGAAAUUGUUAAAACAUUUUUGUCCCACUCAAAUAUGAUGAUGAUGCAGAAAAUGCCAUAACUUCAAUAUACUCAUGAGCUUUCUUUGCUCAUCCCUAUUAACAGUUAUAAUACUAUCUGACUCUUCUGUGACAUACCCUGUGUCUUUGUUUUUAUCAAGUUUGUUUCUAAUUUUUUACAGAGCUGAAAAGUGUGAAUUUAGCUGUAGAAACAUUUGCAAAGACCAAUGUAUAAUCUCAAAAGAUCUGCAUUGCUUUAGUAGAAGAGAUAAUAAAUAUUCCCAUUUUUAUUUUGGCAAA